UGAAGCCAAACGGAGAGACAGAUGGGGCUGGUGGACAAUGAAGCAAACUCAGAACUAAUUUUUCAGUGACUACUUCCAGACGGCUUGGCAAACACGCUGGGAUUUCAGUGAUUGAUGCAUUAAUUAAUAAAGUUAUAGCCCUCUUCAUAUGUAUACUUCUUAUGUAUUUAUGCUCAGUUCAGAUUAGUAUGAUCCUUAAUCUGCAUUUAUUCUCCCAGAGGAGCAGCAGUGGUGGGGGUUCCCUCAAACCUUAUUCCCUGCAUCUAAUGCCUUUUACCGUCAUCUGUCCCGUCAUCAUUUGAUUACGAAGAUUACUAAGACACACACACAGCAGACAACCUCACUGUUGCUCUCUGACUCCUCGGGGUACUGUGAAGGAGGUGCUCCUUUCUUUAUCUCUCACCAGAGCUCAACUGGUUAUUGAGCAUCAAGGACCGGCUCUGCCACUUCAUGAGAUUCUCCUGUUGCUGCUGCUUUCCGUCGACACACAGCAACACAACAGAGACCAAGAAAAAGUUAAAAGGUUGAGAGAUCCAACACCUGUUUUAAAGCUGCUUGAGGCUUGAUUUCACACCUUACUGUGCCAGCACUUAGUGGAUGCUGGCAUGCCCUGGACCAGACCCCAGGUGGACCUUCAUGCUGGUGGAGCAGAGGCCAUGGACCAGUACAACAUAGAAGACCACCACUAUGAGGGCUCCCUAUUCCCCACCUCCACCCUCAUCCCUAUCACUGUCAUCUGCAUCCUCAUCUUCAUCAUCGGGGUGACGGGCAACACCAUGACCAUCCUUAUCAUCCAGCACUUUAAGGACAUGAAGACCACCACCAACCUCUACCUGUCCAGCAUGGCAGUGUCUGACCUCAUCAUCUUCCUCUGCCUGCCCUUUGACCUCUACCGCCUAUGGAAGUACGUGCCCUGGCUGUUUGGGGAGGCGGUGUGUCGCCUCUAUCACUACAUCUUUGAGGGCUGCACCUCAGCCACCAUCCUUCACAUCACGGCCCUGAGCAUUGAACGCUACCUGGCCAUCAGCUUCCCCCUCAGGAGCAAGGUGGUGGUGACCAGACGCAGGGUCCAGUACAUCAUCCUCGCCCUGUGGGUUUUCGCCCUGGUUUCUGCAGCUCCCACACUGUUCCUGGUUGCGGUGGAGUACGACAAUGACACACACCCAAACUACAAUACAGGGCAGUGCAAGCACACCAGCUACGCCAUCAGCUCCGGGAAGCUGCACAUCAUGCUCUGGGUGUCCACCACCUACUUUUUCUGCCCGAUGCUCUGCCUCAUCUUCCUCUACGGCUCCAUUGGGUGCAAAUUGUGGAAAAGCAAGAAUGACCUACAAGGCCCCUGUGCUUUGGCCCGUGAAAGGUCACACAGGCAAACAGUCAAGAUCCUGGUGGUGGUGGUGCUGGCCUUCAUCAUCUGCUGGCUGCCCUAUCACAUCGGCAGGAACCUCUUUGCCCAGGUGGAUGACUACUACACGGCCAUGCUGAGCCAGAACUUCAACAUGGCCUCCAUGGUGCUCUGCUACCUCAGCGCCUCAAUCAACCCUGUCGUCUACAACCUCAUGUCUCGGAAAUACAGGGCUGCAGCCAAACGCCUCUUCCUGCUCCACCAGCAGCCCAGACAAGCCCAACGUGGCCAGAGACAGCUCUGUGUGAUUGAUCACAACGCCACCCUGAAUGAAAGCCUGACUGGGGUCUGAGGGGCCUCAGCACACUCUGAGCAGUGUUUUACACACUUGUUUGACUUCAUCACCGAUGGAGAGUUUGCAGGCUUCUUUAAAGUGCAGGAGUUGCAGCUAAAGAGGAAACUUGUUGAAUAUGUGUAGGGGGAAAGCAGGGCUGAGAACUCCACUGCACUUAAAUGCAAAAUAAGAUUUACUAUUACUCAGUGGCAUUUUGUUCGUAGAGACUGGAUGAGUAUUUUCGACCAUGUCAAAUUUAGAAGUUUUUGUCAUGAAAAUAGGAAUUCAUUGGAUUCCAAGACAAGUCGUCAUUUACAUUUUUCUGUUUCAGUGUUAUGCAGAAGUAUUUACCUCUACAUUUUGUUCUGCUACAUGUUUUUCUUGCUUGGUGUCAGUGCUUAUUGAACACAUGCACCAUUUCAGUUCACAGUUACCAUCAAUCCACAGCACCGUUUAAUAAGUGAUUCCUCUUUGUUAAUGAAAGAUUAAGUUUGCAACAUUUACCUGUUCUUUAUAAUGUUUAAUUGUAGUCUCAGCUACAAUUCUGUUGUAAGAUUGAAUUUUUUUCAAUGUAUGCUGAACAAUUGUUAUCAUACUGUUUGUUGGUUGUUCUCAUAAACCAAGAAAAACAAAACAACUAAACCUAUUAGCUGUGGGCCAUUAGUUGUUCAGAUCUGAAAUUGGGUAUUCUGGUGUAUGUGUGUGUGUGUGUGUCUGUGAGUGUUUGCAGGGCUGUGUACCAUCUCUCCAGUGAAUAGGUGGAACAUAAACUUGAUAAAAGCAGAUUACUAUGAAAAUGGGACAGUUGUCGUCUGUGUGUGUGUUACGGAGGCCACCUGAGGCCUGAGGUUUUGGGGCUGUGUACGUGCCGACCAUCACAUGUAAUCUGACACGGCUAUUAUAUUACCUGGGCCCUGAGUUAGAUUUACGCUGGCAGCCACUGUCCCUGCAUCACCAUAUUUAAAGUAAUGGCUGCUCUAAGUGCAUUUCAAAGUGGGAAAAAAGAUAUUAGGUUGUCAGCAGCGGCAGAGCUUAUCGCUUUUAUUGCUUCCACUUGCAUAAUCUUGACGCCAUUGUACAAGUCUUCUUUGAUGUUGAGAUUUGGAUUAGAAAUUAUACACUUUUGUACCUCGUGCACUCUGGCAAGAAAGGUAACGUUAAAAUUGUGUAUUUUUAACCUGAACAAUGUCUAAUCCUAAAAUAAACCUAGAGUUUUCCAUGUUCUGUCUACCAUA